AUGGCUGCUGGAAAUGGCUCCUUUGUGACAGAAUUCAUUCUGUUUGGAUUAACUGAUCAGCCAGAUCUCCAACUCCCCCUGUUCGUCUUGUUUCUAGUAAUGUAUAUAGUCUCUGUGUUGGGAAAUUUGGGCUUGAUAAUCCUAAUUGGGCUGAAUUCGCACCUGCACACCCCCAUGUAUUUUUUCCUCUUUAACUUAUCGUUUAUAGACCUUUGUUAUUCUUCUGUGUUUACUCCCAAAAUGCUGAUUAACUUUAUUUCAAAGAAUACUAUCUCCUAUGUGGGGUGCAUGACCCAGCUCUACUUUUUCUGUUUCUUUGCUAUUUCUGAAUGCUAUGUGCUGACAUCAAUGGCCUAUGAUCGCUAUGUGGCCAUCUGUAAACCACUUUUGUAUAACGUUGUCAUGUCCCCUAAAGUGUGUUCCAGCCUCAUGCUUGGUUCAUAUUUGAUGGCAUUUUCUGGUGCCAUGGCCCACACAGGAUGCAUGCUGAGACUGACCUUCUGUGAUGCAAACAUCAUCAACCACUAUCUGUGUGACGUCCUUCCUGUGUUCCAGCUCUCCUGCACAAGCACCUACAUCAAUGAGCUGGUAGUAUUCAUUGUGGUAGGCAUCAACAUCAUUGUGCCCACUGUCACCAUCUUUGUCUCUUAUGCUUUGAUCCUUUCCAGCAUCCUCCACAUCAGCACCACAGAGGGCAGGUCCAAAGCCUUCAGAACCUGCAGUUCGCACAUAAUUGCUGUUUCUCUGUUCUUUGGAUCGCUUGCAUUUAUGUACCUCAAACCACCUUCUGUUAUGUCUAUGGAUAAGGGGAAAGUCUCUUCUGUUUUUUAUACCAAUGUGGUUCCCACAAUGAACCCUUUCAUCUACAGCUUGAGGAACAAAGACGUUAAGCUUGCUCUGAGGAAAACACUGAAUAGCAGAAAAUUUUGA